GGUUUCCCUAGUACUUACAAAAUGUGGUUGAAGUUUACUACACUUUUUGCCUUUUUGGCAACAAUUUCCCUGUCUGGGGCCUACAAUAUAACAGCGAAUAUUAUGACUGGUAUUCCUAGUACUCUGGAUAUAACCAAUAUAACAGGUCGAUUCCAAAAGAUCGGCACCCGCUUUUACAUUUUUGAACGUAAUAUUCAUCUUAAUUGGUAUGCUGCCUACAUAGCUUGUCGAAAAAUGAAGGCUUACUUGGUCGCGUUUGAUAACCACGAUGAGAUGAAUCAGGUUAUAAACCACAUGAAGAACCACAAUUUGUAUAUCAGAGACAAAGGUUAUUGGACUUCUGGCACCGAUUUGUACAUACAGUGGAAACAUGUUUGGUUUUCGACUGGACGAAACGUGACUAAGGACGUAUGGUCUAAAGGACAGCCAGAUGGUCGAGAUGAUACGGUUCGCUGCGAUAUGCUGGAUUUGGAUGCACGUUAUACUAAUGGUCUUGAUGACCAGCCGUGUAUUACUAAACUUCCCUUUAUUUGCCAUAGGGCAAGUAAGCCGAGAACAGCUACUUUUAUAAUAUUUUAGAUUAUUCAGACAAUUAAAAAUAUGUAUUAACAAUUGGUUAUUCCAAA